AUGGAUCUCCCUCUGAUUAAAGCGAAACCCUCAUAUCAACAAAUUAAGGCUGUGUUGAACAGGAUCCCUUCCGGCGAUCAUGUUUGGGAUCUAGACGGUGAUGAUGAAAAGCGUAUUUUGAAUUGGCUGGUAGGACUCAUCGCGACAAACAUGGAAUGGAUUGACAAUACGGAUGAGAAAGAAGAACUUUUGGUUACAAUUUGUCAGAUGAUAGCUGAACGCAGCGGCCGCUUGGCUGCACCUACAAAAGUACGGACAUUCACCAUGAACAAUCAUAAGGACAUUCGUAUUUUAGAACCAAGUCUUACCUACGAUACGCUCGGAUUCAAAACAUGGGGCUCUGCUCCUUUAUUAUCUGCCCACCUUCCUGAGUGGGAAACACCCAACUCAUCCCUCCGAGCACUUGAGCUGGGAUCUGGCACCGGGCUUUUGGGAAUUAGUGCUGCUCAUCAAUUAGGAUGGCAAAUGGUCUGCACUGACUUGCCGGAAAUCGUAAAAAAUAUGGAGCAUAAUGUUUUGGAAAAUGAAGAUCUCGUCCAUGAAAACAACGGUGCUGUUGAAUGUCAUGUGUUGGACUGGAUGAACCCUCCUCCUGACGAUGAUCUUCCAAAUUGGCUUGCGCAGCCUUUUGAACGUAUUAUUGCCAGUGACUGUGUCUACGAAACGAAUUUUGGAAGACUUGCAAUUGCUUUAUUCUUGAAAUAUCUAGCGAAGGACGGUAUUGCAAUCACCGAAUACCCUCUUCGUCAGACACAUUUGGGUGAGAUUGCCGAAUUCGAAGAAUUGAUGCACGAAGCUGGGUUUGUACGGGAAACUGGCGAAGAAACUGGUCAAGAAGAUUUUGGCUCGCGAUAUCCCGUCGCUUGCCGUUGGAGUCGGUGGAGGUAUAGUAACUCCAAAUAA